GCUGGAGAAACAGGAAAAUCGAUGAAUGGUGAUUUGAACAAACUGGGUUUUCUACACACCAGGCAGUCAGUGGCUUGCAUUUUUUUCCUACUUUUCCAGCCAUGCCAUCAGAUCCAACUCUCUACCCCUCUGUUCGGUAUUCUGAGCAUGUUAUUUAUUCUUGUACUCAGCACCUCAGCGUCAUAAAAUGGCCAACGCAGCUCCAGCCUUCACUUGAACCCUGUGUUGAAGGCAGCAAGGGGGAGAGAAGUUGCCCAGGCUGGGUCUUCUCCCUUUCAACCCCCGCAUCAGACUUCCGAGACCUCAUUGACCGGGACCCAGUUGCAUGCCCACCACUAGCAGCAAAGCAUGCUGGGAAAGAGAGGAAGAUUCCUCAUUGGCUUAGAUGAACAAGGAAGGGUUCAGGGCCACCUUGAGGAAAAUGAUUUUGUUAGCAAGGAGCCGGGGGGCGUGGAGAGGUAACGGUUGCACCAAGACAGUGAGGUGAAGAAGGGUUAUAAAAUGACGUAAGGAGUGGCGACCCCGUUCUUGAAGUUGUGUGUGUGUGUGUGUGUGUGUGUGUGGUGUCCAUAUGUGCUUAGAAGCAGAGACGGGAAGGCUGGCGGCCUCCCUCCAGGAACUGGGAUUGUGGGUGGUGACUUCUCCUCAUUGCCUUCGUUUGCUUCGCCUGCUCAAGGGAAAUAGCAGGCGUGGGCAGCAGGCGGCACCACGGAAUUGUCCUCCUGGUGGGGCCCAGCCUUAGUGCACUGUUUUGACAACACACACCUGGGUUUACUGGUCUUUUGAGGGCCAGUAUUAGAGCCUUUCUUCUAUGUAUCCUGAUUCUUUUUUUCACCAAGAGAAGUCACCUCGAGAUCCCUGACUUGCAAGAUGUAUGACGGAGAACAGAGGCAGGGUGACUUGCCUAGGGGCACGUAGCCAGCAUGCUGCAGGAUUCGAGUCUGGGGGAGCUGGUGGGGGAAGGCUGAUGAUAGCUUUAGCUGAGACAGAGUGGGCGGGAUAGAGGUGAGGUGACUGAGACCCCCGAUCGCAUGGUUCUGGGCAUCAGUCAGUCUGUGUAUCUCUUUUUUUUUCCCUCUAGAGAAGAAAUGUCCCUUCCCAGGAACCUCAUUUUGUGCACCUUCCUGCAGGAGCAUGGCCUGCAAGCCCAGUCUCCUCCCGGCAUGACCAACCUCCUCCAGCACUACAAUCCCCAUCCUUACGGGGACAUCCCCCACGAGGUGGCCAUGCGGCUGGCCUUCAUUGGGGACGAGAUGGAAGUGAGGUGGACGCUGCCCCGCAUUGCCGAGCUGCCCUGGAUGGCGGUGUACAGCUUGGCUUUCACCUACCAGACAGGCCUGAGGGGUGUUCUUAGGAGUUUUAUGGAUGCACUCACUAACCUCAGGGGAAACAGAAGGUUCUGGAGCUUCCUGACCCUCAGGGACAGGGUGUCCCCCACCCGGGGGCGCAAGCUGUCCUUGCUGCUGCUGCUGGUGCUGCUCCUGGACUGGGGCCUCCACCUCCUCCAGUGACGUGCUGCUGGCCAGUGCGGGGGUGGGGCUGGGCCCCUCCCCCUGGACCAC